CACCAGCCCGUUUUCCUGCCUCCAUCCCAGCUCUGCUGUCCUUUCUUCCCUACCCAAGCCCUCACCUUGCUCUGCAGCCCAGGACAGUGACUGUUCCCAGAAGGAGAGUGGAGGAGCUGCAGGAUGGAUGAGAAAAGGAGAAUGCAGACUGAGAAGCACCUCACAGGAACACUGGUCCUCUCAGUCUUCACUGCGGUGUUGGGCUUCUUCCAGUAUGGCUACAGCCUGGGGGUCAUUAACGCCCCCCAGAAGGUGAUAGAAGCCCACUAUGGGCGCGUGCUGGGCAUCGUCCCCCCGGACAGAUACGCCACCAAUGCCUCUGGGCAGGGUGGCACACUCCUCCAGGCUGGCACAGAGGGCACACUCCCACCCCUGGCUGACAUCAGCGAGGACCUUGCUGCCUCCUCUCACAUCCUCACCAUGUACUGGUCCCUGUCCGUGUCGGUGUUCGCUAUCGGUGGCAUGGUCUCCUCCUUCACCGUGGGCUGGAUCGGCGACCGGCUCGGCAGGGUGAAAGCCAUGCUGGUGGUGAAUGUCCUCUCCAUUGCUGGGAACCUCCUCAUGGGGCUGGCAAAAUUUGGGCCAUCCCACAUCCUCAUCAUCUCCGGGAGAGCGGUCACGGGGCUGUACUGUGGGCUCUCCUCCGGACUCGUGCCCAUGUACGUCAGCGAGGUCUCUCCCACGGCCCUUCGAGGAGCGCUGGGGACGCUGCACCAGCUCGCAAUCGUCACAGGUAUCCUCUUCAGCCAGGUCCUUGGACUAGACUUUCUUCUGGGCAAUGAUGAGAUGUGGCCCUUGCUCCUUGGUCUGUCUGGCGUGGCUGCCCUGCUGCAGUUCUUCCUGCUCUUACUGUGCCCUGAGAGCCCCCGAUACCUUUACAUCAAACUGGGGAAGUUGGAGGAAGCUAAAAAAAAUUUGAAAAGGCUUAGAGGAAACUGUGAUCCAAUGAAAGAGAUUGAAGAGAUGGAAAAGGAGAAGCAAGAAGCUGCUAGUGAAAAGAAAGUCUCCAUAAGACAGCUUUUCACCUCUUCCAAGUACAGGCAGGCUGUCAUUGUGGCGCUGAUGGUGCAAAUAUCCCAGCAGUUCUCUGGAAUCAACGCGAUCUUUUACUACUCCACAAACAUUUUCGAGAGAGCUGGGGUUGACCAACCAGUUUAUGCAACCAUCGGUGUUGGAGUGGUGAACACGGUCUUCACUGUUAUCUCUGUCUUUCUGGUGGAGAAGGCGGGCAGGCGGUCCCUGUUCCUGGCAGGUUUGAUGGGCAUGUUAAUCAGCGCCGUGGCCAUGACAGUUGGGCUUGUGCUCCUGAGCCAGUUUUCCUGGAUGAGCUAUGUCAGCAUGGUCGCAAUCUUCCUCUUCGUCAUCUUCUUCGAAGUGGGGCCUGGGCCCAUCCCCUGGUUUAUUGUAGCCGAACUGUUCAGCCAAGGCCCACGCCCUGCUGCCAUCGCUGUCGCCGGCUUCUGCAACUGGGCCUGCAACUUCAUUGUGGGAAUGUGUUUCCAGUACAUAGCGGAUCUGUGUGGACCAUACGUGUUUGCAAUCUUUGCGGGUCUGCUCCUCACCUUCUUCCUGUUUGCAUACUUCAAAGUACCAGAGACGAAAGGAAAGUCCUUUGAGGAGAUUGCAGCUGUGUUCCGCCGCAAGAAGCUCUCAGCCAAAGCCAUGACUGAGCUGCAAGACCUGCGACGCAGCGAGGAGGCAUAGACAUCCCAUGCACCCAGAAAGGAGGGACUGGGCAUGCACCUCCUUCAGACACCAUGGGAAGAACGUUGGGCAAAAGUCUCAUUUCACAAAAACCUUGUAGCUGGCAGACCAGGAGCACCCAUCCAUCGGAUUCCUUCUGGCUGCUGUGGUUCACGCCUCCCAGCCACAGGUGCUAACCUGGUAUUUUACUCUGAGACACUUGGGACAGCUGGGCUGCAGGAAGAGCCAGGGAAAGGACAGGAGUAUGGUACAUGUCCGUCUCAAUGCCCUGCAGGAAGAGCCCAGUGAGACAGUGAUCUUACCAGACAGCAUUGAGCAGGGCUGUCUCUUAGCUGAAAUGAAGGAAAGAGGGGCUGGCUGAUGCUGCAGCCUCAUGUUCUCACUUUUUUAUCCCCAUCUCUCUGCUUCAUUCUGCUGAGUGACCUGGUGCCUUUACAAUCCAACUGCUCGUGCAGUUGUGCCACCAACACACAGCACUGAUUACAUCAGGUACUAAGGAAAACAGGUGGAGCAAACACCCCCUUACUCUUGCUUCUGCAGAGGAAGAUGGUGGAUCCCACCUGAACUGGCUGGGAUGUACCUUCCUUGCUUUUCCUAUCUGUGCAUUAUGGAAAUGCUGUCUGAUCUCAUAACGAUUUCUCAAUUGCAGUGUUUUUUUGUAGACUCUUAGAAACUGUGGCUGGGCCGAUGGGCAUUUUCCCUACAUUUCAGCCAGACUAUUUAGCUCUCCCUUUCCUCCCAGGAAUCCUCUCCUCUCCCCCUUCUCACUGCUGCAGCACAAGACAGAUCACAACACUGACCACACAAAAGGCCUGGGCACUCCUGGUCUCCAUGUGAGGAGACUGGAGCCCUGCUGCCACCCCUUCCAUGGUGUGACCAUUGCAAGGGCACCUCCUUCCCCAUCUGCACCUUCCUUCCCUUCCAUUCAUACAGUGCUCAAAACCCGCAGGCUUCAGGUCUAGCCAAGAGCUCAGACUGCUCAUAGAGCAACAAUUAAUGAUGACCCAAAGAAGAAAUGGGUAUUGGAAGGGUAACUGGAAGGUGCCACUUACCUAACUCCCAUUUGGCAUCACUUAGCAUUUUGUGGGCUGGAUGUACUACAGCCAAGAUAGUGUGCAAGCAGGAGGUCGUGCUGUUUCCAUAGCCUGUUUGUGCUCCUUCUGCUUCCUUAUGAGACAUUUUUAUGUGGCAGAACCAGACUCCAAGCAUCUUUCUUCCUUUUUUGGGGUCAUAUGUUGGAACCAUUGUAAAAGCCUGCUCUCUGCUUGACUUUUAAGAUUUGCAUGUUCCUUGUUUUGAUACCAGGUUACUUUUUAGCCACUUUCUCAGGGUAGAAACCCAUUAUUUAUUUAGAGAUGAAACACUGGCAUUGUUUGGUCACUGUGUGCUCAUCAUGGCUGCUGGUGAAGUAGUGACCAAAAUGUAACAGAGGAUGGAGCAUAAUGAAAAGCACAAAAUAGAUGGGCUGAGGAGGAUCACACUGCUGCUAUGGGUUUGGUUUCACGGGAGGUUCAUGCUCCUUUCCAUGUGCCUGAACUUUUUUUCCUUUGUAGACUUUAGUCUUGGUAUUAAGACCCUACAGCAAAUUCUGGUCACUUCCAAUUGAUGGGAAGUGCAGCCACAAGGUCCACUGGCAGAAUUGCUGGCCCUGGUGUGUGCACUGAAGCAGUAAGAUUGCAGCAAAGGCUUUUCUGGAGUGACUGCUGGGAUUUAGAGAAGAACUGGGUCAGUGCUAUCAUGUGCUGCAGUGGUGGGUGACCCAGGUCUGACAUGGGGCGUGCAGGGUUGCUGGAACCAGAGCCAAGGCUGGGGCUGAGAAGAGAGCAGCAGAGCUGGGGCACAGGUCUGUGUUGAGCUGUCCAUCUGUGUGCUGCACACAGGUCCCCCUGAUGAGACCAAUGGCCACAGCAGGCUCAGCAGCUCUCCACAGUGUUUACUGUAAAUUAAAUAUAAUGGAUUAUCUGAAUGUACAAAAAGGAGAAAAAAAAAGAGGAUUCUUGCUAUCAGCAUUGUUAUCUAGGUCUGUUAGAUAAAAGAUGAACAACAUCUAUGGUAUGUGAUGGAUUGCGCUGUUUUUUCCCCCUCGUUACCUCUCAGACAUACAUCCAAUGCUAGAUGGGAGCUAUUUUCCUAGCAGGACACAUUUGCUCCACAGGUGGUAAAAGCUGUGCAAGCCCUCAGCUAAAUCCCUUUGAAACUGGUGGUCCAGGUGAGACUUGGGGUUGGAGGCAGCCCUGGAGCCAGUGGCAGCUGGCUCUGGGCCGGGAUGAACCCUGACUGGAGGGGAGCCACUGUCUGGCCCCAGCUGUCCCCACUGCCCACUUCCCCCCACUGUGAAGCACCUCUGCUUGCAUGGUUCUGGUGCAGCCCAAAACCUGGUGCUGGGGCCUCUCUAGACACCAGAGGCAGGAGGAACAUUUGGGGAAAAGUGAGGUUCAAAGCAGAUUUACUGCUGCUCUGAGGGCCCAGCCAGGCUGGGUUCCCUGUGAUCAUAUGGGGGUACAAAAUUAUUUCCUUAACUUCUGCUAAGUUCUGUCCUAUUGUCUGGGGGUCAUCAGUGACUCUUUGGGAAGCUCAGCAGUGAGGGGCCUUAUUGAUCAGCAUUGAGCAGUCAGUCCUUGUUUUCCUGUGUCACUGGUGAAUGACAAUAGAAAACCUGGUCCAGUUACUGUAGUGCAGCACAUUAAUCAGUUUAGCAAAGCCCACAGCAUUAACAUUGUCCACAGCUACAGCACUGAACUUCCCAGAAGAGCUGCCUGGGGGUUCAGAGGCACCUAAGGAAAAUGGAAUGUCAGGCUGUGUUUCCUUGCAACAGCUGCCAUGUGGAAGGCAAGGGAGUUUUCUUCUUCCAGCCUGGGACAGGAUGAGCAGAGUUAGGCAUUGCUGCCCCUUUGUCCUCCCCAUGGCUGCCGUGAAGGAUCGAGCUGGGCUUUACUAUCACACAAGCACUUUAAUCAUAUGCCAGCGCAGGACUGAGUCAUUAGAGUUAGUUAAAUCUGACUAUAUGUUUACUUUUGUCUCGUCCCAUCAGGCUGAUAAUUAGGACUGUACACUUUAUCUAUCCUUGCUACACGCAAGUUCCAGUUAAAACUUGCUCUUGAGACACAGCUUGUUGAAUCAUUAUUUCUAUCUCUUACCAUUACAGUUUUACUAAGUUGCUAAUCAUUAAAAAAAUUUCAAAGACCAAGUCAAACUUAUUAGCUAAAUGGUUGUUGCAUUUCAGUAACAUGCUAAAUAUGUUUUCAUACCAACCCUAGCUAAUAAUGCAAUAUAAUUAAUAAUCCCUGAGAAAGCAUCAUGUCAGCAAGAGCUUUGACAGUGUUUUCCUAAUGUGCUGAGACAACAGCCAUUAAGACUUUUCUGUUGUGCCAACAGUAUCUAGUCUCCCACUCUCUAGGCUUAAUUUUAAAAUUAGUUUGACUUCCCUAAUUCAAUAAACUCAGGACAUUUGGCCCCAUUAAGGCUCUCCACACUAAUUUAUCACAGGUUUUUCUGCCUCACUUCAACUUGUUUUUCAUCACUGAGAACCACUACCCUCUAUCUCUGGAGUCAAACAGCUGAUAAUGAUGAAGCUAACCCAAGUACUCUGUAUGCAGGGACAAAGUCUUUGAGGUAUGAAGAAUUUUCUGAGGUGUUCAAUGUCCUUAUUUUUCACCUGAAAUCUGUAUGAACUGAGGCAUUUCAAGGUAGGAUAUCAGGUCUGGAUCCAGCAGAACGUGUAAGCAUCAUGUUAAAUUUAAGGUAACGGAAUGUGCUCAAGUGUUUCACUAAAUCCUGAAACAACACUGGAAAAUUUUACCCAGAGGCACAGCCUGAGUAGCUGUGGGAAAGGGAAGGAAUCUCUUCCCCAGCACUGGGGCAAUAAAUCCUAGCUGCAGAUCAUCAGUUCUUAAAUUUUACAGGCUGUAGAUACAACUGCAGACCCAAGGCUUGAGUAAUGUCCUGCGUUUUGCCUCCCUGCACUUUGUUCAGGAGAGAGAGCGGCUCUGUGACUCUGAAAAGCACCAGGUCCCCACAGGUCGUGGGUGGGAUGUCACUUGCUGCUCCAGCACUGCUGCAGCCCCAGGAGGAGGGAACAGCUGGAGUUACUUUGUGCUCUCCCUCUUCCCUGUGGGCAAGUUACAAUUACAGUGGCUCCUGCUAGCUCACAGUGUCACUGCACUGUCACCGCUUCCCUCUGAUCCCCACCCAGUGUGUGCCCAGGGUGAUUCCAUGGGUAUUUGGAUGUGGGCUUGGCACAGGAAGCAGAUGGUGAAUGGCAGGAAUAAAGCAGUGCCAGGAGCAGAGUGGGUGCCUAUGGCAAGGUCACUACAGAGGAUCCCUGACCCCAUUCCUGCCACGCAGACACACUGUACCUAGGAGCUCUGAGGGCCUGCUGAGCAUGGCACUGUGGCUCAGUGGAGGGGGAUCAUUGAUCCACAGCUUCUCCCACAUCCUCCUGCUCAAGGCUGUGUCCAUAAGCCAGCGUGAACCCUCACCCCAACAGUCAGGACACGGUGGGAUCCCAGGAAAGUCAGCUCAGCAGCUGAAACAGAGACCUGCUCAGAUUGGAACAGGGCUGUUUACACCACUCCACUCAUGACCUGGUAUUUCUAAUCGUGUGACCUGACCCCACGGCCCAGGGGUGUAAACACCACCUCCUGCCUUCCAGCGGGCUGGCUGGAAACAAGGUGGGAUGUUUACCCCAGCACUGGCUGAAAUGCAUGUUCUCAAGGCUGGGCUCUGAUGAGGCACUUUACAGCAUCAGAUGCUUCUCCAGAACAUAAUUGAGAGCAGACGAAACUCAUGAAGUUUAAAUCUUCUAAAAGUUUUCUAGUCCCUCUUCACUUCUUAAGGACACAGAUAGGAGAAGCAAAGCUUGAUAACAUCCUGAGCCUACUUGAGAGAAAAAGUGUGUGAUCCAGCUGUGCAACGCUGGAAAGAAAACACCCUUAAAUGUGAAAGGCCGUGGUAUUUUAUUAACAAAUAUGCUUUGACUCAAAUUGCUGUUCUUGUGUAGAAAAGUGGGAUAAUCACAGUAGUAUUAUCAAGAAACACACUUUAGAAAAUUAAUGUUGAUCCAGACAAAGGAAUUAUGUCUUCAUGCAAUAACUGAUGAAUUGGAUUUCCAGUGUUUUUUACUGAAUCUGAAGUAAAGGCUGUAUUGCAAUAUUUGUUUUGUUUCUGAAAAAGUAAAUAUCAUCUACAGAUGUACUUCAGUAAAAAGACUUGAUUUAGCCCAGAAGAUCUCUUAAAUAAUUCAAAAUGAAUCUGCUAAUUGUGGAAAAUCAGCCAAAUUUGUCAACCGAUACUUGAGAAAAAAAAAAAUCAUCAGUAGUGCUUAGCACCAGGCUGCUUCAGUUUGGGUUCAGAACGGUUGUUUUCUCACAAAGUAUUUUAUUAGAAGAUAACAAGCCCUUGAGCAUGUGAAACUUGUCACACACUUGCAGGUAAACAGACACACACUGCACAUGUUAAAACACUUAACAGGAUGCCCCAGAUUCUGCUUAUCAACUGAGACAGCAGUAAAAUGCGCAGGAUAAAGUGUAUCAUCUCCAGAGCAGCCUGGGUGAGGCAGCAUCCAGGGAAAGCCCAAGUAAAGAAGAGAGACGAUGCUGGGGCCUCAUGAAGUAGCCCCAUGUAAAUGAGAGCCAAACUUAACUCCUUGGCUGUACAAUUUGGAGUGGGAUAUGUGUAACUAAGAGUGGGACCACAGGCAAAUAAAUCACAAACAUUAACACAGAUUAAA